GUAUCCUCAGCUCAAGGUAUCAAUGCUUAUGGAAAUACCUCAGUGGUGCAGAUAGGUAAUGUUUCAGGCUACAUUGAUACACCAGACCCACCAACGAUUAUCAGCUAUUUGCCUGGACUUCUGUACAAAUUUAGCUGUAGCUAUCCACUGGAAUACUUGGUUAACAAUACCCAGCUUGCUUCGUCAUCGGCUGCUAUUUCUGUAAGAGAGAACAAUGGUACUUUUAUCAGCACUUUGAAUUUGUUGCUUUACAAUGAUUCAACCUACAGCCAGCAGCUCCUUAUUCCAAGUACAGGUUUACCUUUGAAAACCAAAAUAUAUGCAGCUGUAAGAGCAACCAACCUUGAUGGCAGGUGGAAUGUUUUGAUGGACUACUGUUACACCACGCCAUCUGGUAAUCCCAGUGAUGAUCUUCGAUACGAUCUUUUUUUCAGCUGUGACAAGGACCCACAGACAACUAUAAUUGAAAAUGGCAAGAGCCAAAUGGGCCGGUUUUCUUUUGAGGUGUUUCGCUUUGUGAAGCACAAGAACCAGAAGAUGUCUACGGUCUUCCUUCACUGCGUGACAAAGCUGUGCAGAGCAGAUGACUGUCCCUUUCUUGUGCCAAUUUGCAGUAACAGAGAAAGAAGAGAUGCUGGUGGGAGGACAACUUGGAGCCCUCAGAGUGCCUCUGGCAAUGCUGUAAUCUCUGCUGGCCCCAUCAUUACAAGGAGCGAUGAGACGCCAACGAACAAUUCACAGCUUGCUCAUCCAAACGGACCUCCUUUCCAGCUGAACUCAGUCACCAGUGCACUGAUUUCAGGCAUUGUCGUCCUAGGAAUAACAAGCAUUUUGUUUUUUGUAUGUUCCCUAACUCUUCUGCACAGAAAGUGGCCCAACAGCUCAGUCUUGAGUGGCAUCCAAAACCCAAUUUUCAACUGA